AUGAUUACCUCAAGACAAGAGGAGAUACUGGUCCAAUUGUUCGUCUUUGCAAUCUUUAAACAAUGUCAAUUGAUACCUCCCUACACAUUGAUUUUCCUAGCUCUUUCCAAACAAUUACAUUCUAUCUAUGUACUAAGGCUCUUUGAUGCUGGGAUAAAAAUGUCAGUGUUUCACUGUGAUAUGGUUCAGUCUUGCUUUGUUCAUCGAAAUGAAUUAUUCUUCUGUCAAUGGACUGUCAACUGGCAUAUGUUAUUGGAAUCCAAUUUUCUAUCUCAAGGAUUUGCUUAUACCAUGCUUACAGCCACUCACGUCUCAUUACUAGGGCUUUUUGCCUGGACAAGAUGGUGUAGAGCGUAUGCGUUCCAUACAGUUAAGCUUUGCUUUACCUCUAAUCUGAUUGGGAUGGUGUGCGCACGCACAUUGCAUUACCAAUUCUAUUCAUGGUAUGCACAUCAAAUUGUCUACCUGUUCUGGCAAACUUCAUACCCGGUUUGGAUCAGUCUCUUGGAACAUUUAUCCCUCAGCAGCUUUAUCAUCAUCUUUACAAAAUCUAAGAUCAAAUGA